AUGUUGAGCGAUAUUAUAUCCUCGUUAUCAUUUAGCAGUAGUACUAUUGUUACUGAAGAUGCUGCCGAAGGGCAUAAACUGUCACGCGAUGAAAUCUCUGAAUGGCGAAUGACACCAUUUCAAAUGGAACACUUGACAGAAUAUGGACUAUGCAUUGCUGUCCAAGACACAAAGCAGUUAAUUAUCGCGCUCUUCACUCCGCAAUUCGGCUGCUCAAAGUUAAAAUACGAUCUCUGUCUUCCUUAUCAGCAACUUUUUUGGGGCGACCAAUUUUAUUGA